AAUGAAUUGAUCAAUCCUUGUUUACCAAUGCAGAUCGGUCCUGACCAGAUUGAAGCUCUGUAUCAGUAUGCCAAAUUUCAGUUUGAGUGUGGUAACUACUCAGGGGCUGCUGAUUACCUUUACCAGUAUCGUGCUUUGUGCACAAAUAGUGAGCGAAAUGUGAGUGCCCUCUGGGGAAAGCUGGCAGCAGAAAUCCUAAUGCAGAACUGGGACGUAGCUUUGGAGGAACUCAACCGCUUGAAGGAAAUAAUCAAUUCAAAGAACUUCUCAUCACCUCUGAAUCAGCUCCAGAACAGGAUAUGGCUGAUGCAUUGGGCUCUGUUCAUCUUCUUUAACCAUGAAAAUGGUAGAAAUGGGAUCACUGAUCUGUUCUUCCAGGACAGGUACUUGAAUGCUAUACAGACAAAUGCACACCAUCUUAUUAGGUAUCUAGCUACUGCAGUUGUUGUCAACAAAAGGAGAAGGAAUAUGCUUAAAGAGUUGAUUAAGGUCAUUCAACAGGAGCACCAUAGCUACAAUUAUCCCGUAACUGAAUUUCUGGAAUGCUUAUAUGUUAACUGUGAUUUUGAUGGUGCUCAAGAGAAACUCAUAGAGUGUGAGCAGGUAACUCUGGAGCAGCUAGAGUGA